UCACGAAGGCGCCGUAGAGCUGAACAACGGUCCGAAGAUUUCCGUCGAUUGCCAUUUGUGGCAGACGAUGAAGUGGAGGAAGACGAGUUCUUGAGUGUCGCUCAACCCAUCAACACAACAGAUGACGGUAAGAAAGCUAGCAAACAUCUUAUUGCUUUCAAACAUCAGUCAGAACUACGUUUUCUCAUAGCCGCCGUGCAAACAUUUGGUAAUGUGGAUGGAAUGUGUCUCAUGGCCGAAUAUGCCAUGAAUGAAUUCAAUCUAAGGGACGGAGUAGUUGAUAGGUUCUCUACACUUGUUGGUCCUUGGCAGAUUUCCAACGACAUCCAACGGAAUCGAGCAGAGUUCCAUUCGAACGAGACUCAUCGUAUCCCAUUAACCAUCAGCUCUACUCAGUACGACAAAAGACAGCUUGUAAUGGAGAUAUUGGGGAGAUGUGAACCAGAAAUCGCUCGUCGUCAAGGGAUACGUGUUGGUCUUUAUUCCGAUGAGAAAGAAGACAUAGAUGAUCGAUUCAAUCGCCUCUACGUCGGUGAC